AAGUGACUUCACUUCAAGGUGAAAGAUAAGAUGGAUUGCUGUAUUCAUACAAUCAUCAAUCAACGUGACAUCUACACUCACAAUCAAAGACAUGUUUGACAGACUGUGUCAUACUGUACAGAGUGACCAGGUUUGUUUCAGGGGAUGUGAUUGAAUAGUGAAGACGACAUUGAUGAACAAGAGCAAGGCGAAUUGCACUCGAGUACACCUUCCAAUUCUGGCCAAUGAUACCCUCCUGUCCCCCCUAGCUUCCUCGCGGCCGCACUCCAAUGGCGUGUUGUAUGAUUCCUUGGUCAGAGUCCCACAGAUGUCUUCUUAUGCAAAGCGGCCACAUCACCUAUGCAUGUUAUUUUACACAAGAAUACGUGAUAUCGUUACUCAACUGUGAGCAAGUUGUGUGGCACGCAUCAGCGGAUAACAUAAAAAAUAGUGCCGGAUGGGUAGCGGAUUUGGAAUGAGAAGAGUGAUUUACCAUAGAAACGGAUGCGAGUCUAAUCUAUCCGCGGACUAGGCACGCCGAGUCGUCCAAGCCACUGCAUGAACGAACAGAGGAUUGCUGUGAAUCGUACAACCGUUGACUGUCAGCGGGACAGCGAAUCUGCUACUCCCGGUGUCCUGUACACUCUUUUGCACCGAAAUGCGCACCCAUUUUCACUGUCACCUAUUGUGUACAUGACCACGAGGUAGGAGAACCAUACAGCAUUAGCGAAUAAGCGGGCGUCUGGAUACAGCAAGGCAGGUGUGCUAGCAGGGGAUUCGCCGAUGUCUCUGGGUCUGAGCGUAAGAAGGGA